AUGACUGAACCUACCGGUACUGGAGCUAACCGCAUCGACUUGCGUGUGGGUGGUAAAUAUCGCUUAGGAAAGAAAAUCGGCUCCGGCUCUUUCGGUGAUAUCUAUCUGGGCAUUAACAUCAUCUCCGGCGAAGAGGUUGCCAUCAAACUCGAAUCUGUCAAGGCGAAGCAUCCUCAGCUCGAGUAUGAGUCUAAAGUCUACAAGACUCUUGCUGGAGGUGUCGGUGUACCGUUUGUGAGGUGGUUCGGUACCGAAUGUGACUAUAAUGCCAUGGUUUUGGACCUCCUGGGCCCCUCCCUUGAGGAUCUCUUCAACUUCUGCAACAGGAAGUUCUCCCUUAAGACCGUCUUAUUGCUCGCUGAUCAAUUGAUCUCUCGUGUCGAGUAUGUCCACUCUCGCAACUUUAUCCAUCGUGAUAUCAAGCCCGACAACUUCUUGAUGGGUAUUGGCAAACGCGGCAAUCAAGUAAACAUUAUCGACUUCGGUUUGGCCAAGAAAUAUCGUGAUCCCAAGACCCACUUGCACAUCCCCUACCGUGAGAACAAGAACUUGACUGCUCAUUUCCUUCUAGAACAAGCUCGUCGUGAUGACCUCGAAUCCCUUGCCUAUGUGUUGAUGUACUUCCUCCGUGGUGCCCUGCCAUGGCAAGGUCUCAAGGCGGCCACCAAGAAGCAGAAGUACGACAGAAUCAUGGAGAAGAAGAUGACAACCCCAACCGACCUCUUGUGCCGUGGCUUCCCCAACGAGUUCGGAAUCUUCCUCAACUACUGUCGUGCUUUGCGCUUCGACGACAAGCCCGACUAUUCAUAUCUCCGCAAACUCUUCCGCGAUUUGUUCGUCCGCGAAGGAUUCCAAUACGAUUAUGUGUUCGACUGGAGUGUGCAGCAGCGAAAUGAAGAUGGUAGUGUCAAAGCUCCUCGCGCUACUCGCAAACCAACGGAAGAUGCUGACCCUGUUGCAGAAGCUCCUCGGUGA